UGCUUUCAGCCCUCCAUUAAAACUAGAGAAGAAGAAACCGGAAUUUUCGCGCGAAACCUUGUCUGUAGUGGCGUGUGUUCAUUGAAGGGUGUUUCUGUAAAAUCUUCCCUUUUUUCAAUGCGUGUUUUAAUUUAAAGCAGGCAAACAGACAAACACAGGCUUUCUCUUUGUAUUGCUUAUUGACUUUAUUGUUCAAUCUGAGCUCGUGCAGCAGACAGCGAGGAAACAGGAUGAAGUAUUUCACCAGACUGAGAGUCAGACGAGUCUACAAGUGGCGGGGAGCACCUUUAAGUUUUAACAGGAAGUUAAAAACAUGUGAAUAUGGCUCCUUGGACAUCAGUGUGGAGGGUCUCCCCAGGAUCACUGUCAUUAAAACCGGCGAACACAUCCUCAUCGAGGGAGACGAUGAAGACAACCCGUACGUGGCCAAAGUCAUCAGGCUCUUUGGCGACGAGAACGGGAAGCAGAAGAAGGCGGUGGUUCAGUGGUUUGUUCGUGUAUCUGAAGUGCCUUUGAGCAAGCUGAAGCUGCUGGGCAGGGAACCUCACCCCCAGGAGAUCUUCUACUACCAGGGCCGCAGCUGUGAUGACGAGGUCGACGCCGAGUCCAUCCUCAGAACUGUGGAGGUGAAGCACCUGGAUGGAGCAGCUCCGUUCCCGGACUCUGACGAUCGAGGCACCCUGUAUGUGAAGCUGUCCUGGGACUCCAAGACCUUCAAAGCAGUGGAGUCUGAACCUGCUCCAGCUUCCUCCUGUUCUCCUCCUCCCUGUCCCAAACCCUCCCUCCCCCCCUCACCCCCCUGCUCCCCGCCUGCAGCCGCUCCAGCAUCCCGAGGCCCCGCACGACGCGCCCUGCCUACUCCGGACCUUGCCGUCAUGCGUCGUGCUGCUACGGGGGAAGUGAGAUACUGCCGGGCCACCAUGAGCGCGGGGAAUGCCGCCACUGCAGAGGCAGAGUCAAUGCACUCCGUCACCAAAAGGUCGGCCUCAAAAUGUCUGAGCGCCAAGAGGAGGGGCAUCUCGGCCAGGACGCCCGGCAUCCGCAAGAAACUGGAGCUCAGCAGUCCGGAGAAGAAGUCGAUGAUCUCCGAGGACCUCAUGAGCCAGCUGCUGGACGAGGAGCUGAAGUCGGAGGUGAUGUUGGCUCAAAGACUGUCGUUGUCUCCUCCUCAAGCCGUGCCCCUCAAACACAGCCUCACCCCCCUCAGGAAGAACCACAGAGCCCCCACCGCUCAGGGCAGUUUCCCCCUGAAGCCCUCCGCCGUCGUCCUCAACAAAAUGUCUCUCUCUGAGAUGAACGGUUCUCCAUCGUCCGCCAGACUCGACUCUACCAGUCCUCAGCAGGGUGAUGAUGAGAUGGAGGCAGGGUUACCGGCCGACUCCGUUGGGACACCCAGAAGGAGAAAUUGCACGCCGAGGAGACAGUAUCUCACCAGGGGGCAGAAAGCUACCACUCCUUCUCAAAAAUGGGAACCGAAAACACUGAAGGAACCAGCCCUGGGAAUGCUAGCUGAAGCUGAUAAUGAAACCUCGCCGAUGCUGCCGGUCAUCGCCACACCGAGGAGCUCCAAGAGGAAGUCGGCCCAGCUGGUGUCAUCUCGCAUCCGAAAACAGCUCAAUCUUCUAGAGAACCAGCAGGACCUGAACUCAGACGGAGAGGAAGAGGACGAGUUUGUUCUGUCCAAGAAGGAGCUCCAGAGCAGCAGUGAUGAUGAUGAUGAGGAAGAGGAGGCAGGGCUGGAUAGUGAUGAGGAGGUAGUUGUUAAAAAGGGCAGAAAUGCCGCAGCAGCUACUUCAAAACAGAGAACUCGCUCUUUGACCAGAACGCCAAGAAAAACUCCAAAAAAGAAGAUCACACCCGGCACGCCACGGACUCCUUGUCGCGCCACUCCCAGCAUCCCCAGCAGAUCGCGGCCGGCCCGACUGCCUGCUAAUGUUCUGGAGGAGGCCAGAACGAGGCUGCACGUGUCCUCGGUGCCAGAGUCUCUGCCCUGCAGAGAGCAGGAGUUUCAGGAUAUCUACAGCUUCGUGGAGAGCAAGAUCGUAGACGGCACGGGAGGGUGUAUGUACAUCUCAGGUGUGCCGGGCACAGGUAAGACGGCCACAGUACACGAGGUGAUGCGCUGUCUGCAGCACGCCGCCGAUGUGGACGAGAUCCCUCCUUUCCACUUCAUCGAGAUCAACGGGAUGAAGAUGACGGACCCUCAUCAGGCCUACGUACAGGUCCUGCAGAAACUGACGGGUCAGAAGUCCACGGCCGACCACGCAGCAGCUCUGCUGGAGAAAAGAUUCAGCAACCCUGCACCCAGGAAGGAGACAACCGUGCUGCUGGUGGACGAAUUGGACCUGUUAUGGACCAGGAAGCAGAACGUCAUGUACAACCUGUUCGACUGGCCGACGCGGCGCCACGCCCGCCUGGUGGUGCUGACCAUCGCCAACACCAUGGACCUGCCGGAGAGGAUCAUGAUCAACAGAGUGGCCAGCAGACUGGGUUUGACCAGGAUGUCGUUCCAGCCGUACAGCUUCAAGCAGCUGCAGCAGAUCAUCAUGUCCCGGCUGAACAAGGUGAAGGCCUUCGAGGAGGACGCGCUCCAGCUGGUGUCCAGGAAGGUGGCCGCUCUGUCCGGUGAUGCUCGUCGAUGUUUGGAUAUCUGCCGCAGGGCGACGGAGAUCUGCGAGCACUCUUCCGCAGACUCUCAUUCCACAGGAUUGGUGGGAAUGAGUCACGUCAUGGAGGCGCUGAAUGAGAUGUUUUCCUCCGCCUACAUCACCGCCAUCAAGUGUGCGUCGGUGCAGGAGCAGCUCUUCCUCAGGGCGGUAAUCGCUGAGUUUCGGCGGCUGGGAUUGGAGGAGGCCACCUUCCAACAGGUGUUUGUGCAGCACCAGGCUCUGUGUCGGGUGGAGGGUCUGCAGCCCGCCAGCGUGUCGGAGGGCCUGGCAGUGUGUCAGCGUCUUGGAGCCUGCAGGUUACUGCUGCUGGAGCCCAGCCGCCUCGGAGUCCUGCAGCGGGUCCGCCUCAACGUCAGCCAGGACGACGUUCUCUAUGCCCUGAAGGCCGACUGAAGGAGCAGCCUCCUCGCACUCAUUUAUCUGAAACAUGUGGGAAUCCUGAGUUAUACAAACUGAAAUAACUGAACCAGAUUCCGUUUUUAAACUUUUAAUAACCUCUUGUGUAAACUCCUCUAACUAAUCACAUUCAAGACAGAAAUCUCACUAUGGGGAAAAUAUUUGGAGUCAAAGGUUUUUGCAUUGACUUUAUUUUAAGUUUGUGAAGUCUCCAGUUAAAAAUUAGAUUUUUCUCUUUCUGGAAUUAUUUUUAACGUUGUAUAGUGCAUCUUAUUUUUGAUGUUUCAAUACCUGAAUAUGCAAUAAAACUCCAUAUUUAAUAGUAA